CGUAUGAAAGCAGUGGCUUCCAUGGACACUGCAGUCCAGUGGCCAUGUAACCGGAGUGGUUAAAAUAUUUUACUCCAACCAAAGAUCACCCACCUGGGUAUCUCUGUUUCAAACUUUCAAUGAGAGCCCAUCCACUGCAUUCGGCGCCGGCGCCGGCGCCGGACUCCUUUAUUCCAAUUGUAAGAAGUGAGAUGAGAUUUUAUUGAAUGAACCAGCCUCGACUCUUACCUCCAAAUUGAACAUGAAAUCAACCAAAAUUUCUUCUUCUUUUCUUUCACAUAAAUUUCAUCUCCCCCCAAAAUCCUCUCAACAUCUGUUCUUAUCAUCAUCAUCACUUCAAGUAGCACCGGCGGAUGAGAGUGAAUCUGAAACAAGCUCGAUCUCAAGCCCACUCUACAAUCUUCUUCCGGAUACAGAAAAUCCGGCCAAAACUGUCGACCUAGUGUGUUCCGCACUCAAACCGGGAAACCUAAUCAGGAUUGCCGGCCGGAAAGCGGAGAUUUCCGGUCGUCCGUUGACGAGCUCGGAAAUCUCAAGAGUUCUCUUGAGAUGCCAAUCCGAUUCUCACGCCGCUCUCGCCUUCUUCGAUUGGGCCAGAAAAAGCUUCAAAUGCAAUGGUAACAGGUUAGACACGCUCAACUACUGCCUCAUGGUUCACAUAUUAGCUUGGUCUAGCAAUUAUUCGCAGGCAAUGGAGGUUCUGUCAGACCUUGUUCGAAUGACCGCGACAAAGGAGGAUUCUGUGUUCAAGGGCUUGAUUCAAGCUGCCGAGCUGUGCAAUUGGAGCCCUGUGGUGUUUGAUAUGCUUAUUAGGGUUUAUAUCAGGUCUGGGAUGCUAAAGCGUGGACUUAGGGCAUUUCGAAAUGCAUCUAGAAUCGGGUUUUCAUCGAAUGUGAUCACGAUCAACAUUCUCUUAAAUGCACUUUCCCAGGCGAAUCAUUUCUCGAAGUGCUGGGAAGUGUAUGAUGAAAUGCAGCGAAUUGGGGUGAGCCCGAACUCGUGCACGUUCAACAUCUUGAUUCACUCCCUCUGCAGGAGUGGGGAUUUGGGCAUGGUGGAUGAGUUUAUGGAGAAGAUGGAGGAAGAAGGGUUUGAACCAGACAUUGUUACAUAUAACAUGUUAGUUGAUAGUUAUUGCAAGAGAGGGAGGUUGAAAGAUGCUGUCCAUUUGUAUUACAUCAUGUACAAAAGAGGCAUCCCCCCGGAUUUGAUAACCUAUACUGCUUUGAUAAGUGGUUUCUGUAAGGCCGGUAAUGUCAAAGAUGCUCACCAGUUGUUUCUUGGGAUGGUCCAUAGAGGCCUUAAACCUGAUUCUGUUUCUUUUAACACUCUGCUUCAUGGGUACUGUGAGGAGGGGAUGAUGCAUGAAGCCAAGUCUUUGUUGCAUGACAUGAUUCGAGAUGGAGUGGGACCCGACGAUUUCAGCUUCCGGAAACUUGUGGAAGGGUUUAGGAAACACGGAAGACUUGUCUCGGCCUUGAAUCUGAUUCUGGAGGUCCAGAAGUUUGGGAUUUCAGUAUCUCAAGAUAUACAUGAGCAUGUAGUGAUUGCUCUUUGCAUGGAUAAUAGACCAUUUGCAGCCAAGAAUUUCUUGGACCGUAUGAUUGACAACGGGUUCGAGCCUAACAUGGUAAUAUACAGAGAGUUGAUGAUUUCUUUUUGCAAUUGCAGUUGUGUGGAUGAGGCGCUUCGCUUGAAGGAUGAGAUGGAAGAAGGUAAAGGGUUGAAGCUCUGCUUGGACACAUACAGAUCUAUUAUUACUUGUUUGUGUGCAUCAAGUCGAAAUCUAGAGGCGAAUUCCAUGUUGCGAGAGAUGAUCGAUUUGGGGUUGGAACCAGAUGCAGAAAUUUGUAGAGCUUUGGUUGUUGGACACUGUGGUGACAGGAACAUCAAUGAAGCACUGUUCUUACUAGGCUUCUUUGCUCGGAAAUACCACGUUUUUGAUAUGGUUUGCUAUAACAGGGUACUACGUCUUCUUGGUGAGAAAGGCAAUGUCGGUGAAUUGAUGGAGUUUCAAAAGAAUAUGAUGAAAAUCGGGUUCGCACCGAAUAAAUUGAGCUGUAAACACGUCGUUGGUGGACUCCAGAAAGCUAUGAAGGAUCACAAGAACUACAUCUAGGCUCAAUGCAGUGGUUAUUGAUUACGGCCCGGUGGCGGGGGUGGGGUAAGGCGUGUGUCAAUCGUGGUGGUUCCGGUGAAGGUGUCAUGUGUACCGCCGAACAUGAAACCUAGUAAGUAGUAAUUGCAGAAUUGCAGUUGGUCGUGAGCAGCCAUAGCUCUUCUAAGUAAGGUUUUGGAAGGUCAAUAUGUACACAACUUUACCCCUCUGAGAAAACAUAGAGAGGAUGUUUUUGUUAGAAUGCAUUAAUGCUCAUGGGGUAUAUAUUGGGGACAGGGGUUGUCCGAACCCAACAACCCAGCCCAUUUGUUUAUUUAUUAUAGUUAAACCCAAAAUGUCGAGCCCAAUCCACUUCCAGGGGAAGCCCGCGAAAGAGGGAUCGGAGCACCUCGGCCCAAAAAUGAGACGUAGCCCCACGUGAAAAGGGAAUCGAGUUGUGAUAACCUGGAAGCUAGAUUCAACCUUGCGUAAACGGAUGUUAAUCGAAUUGGAUGUGCCAU